AUGUUAAGGAGAUUUCCAGUCGACCCAGCAUCUCUUGAAUUUGGAAUGGUCUUUGAUAACAUCAUCCAUCACGCGCUCACAAUCCGAAAGGGUGAUUACAACACGGGACGUGAGGUGCUGCCUUUGAGCGUAUAUAUCAUCGACAAAGUUACACAACACUUCAUCCAGGAAAGGGAUUUGCUAAGGAGAGCUUUGGCGGAAUCGGCAUUGUCGGGAAACAACUGCAUGGUUCAGGCGAAUGAGUCGUCGGUAAAGAAGAUUUUGAAAAGGGUUCGAGUGGAAGACGAAGAUGAAUACCAACGAAGUAGGAACAAGCGGCGAGUGAAGGGCGAGGAUUGCGUCAUAUAUCUCGAGGAAAUCGAGAUCGGUUCAACAGCUUCUCGAAUGUCUUGCUCUCAUACUUUUCACGAUCAUUGCAUCGACAACUGGUUGAAAGAAAGUCACCACUGUCCUCUUUGCCAAUUUGAGAUGCCAAUUUAA